UUAGGGAAAGCGUGGGUGAGCUCUGCAGCCAUGCCAUGGUGAGCGACAGGUAGCUGUCCCCAGACGAGGAGUGACCGGCCAUGGUGCGCUUUAAAUCAAGUUCGGACAAAUCCUGCCAGCAUUUUGAAAAAUAGCUGUUAGAAGAAUAUUGUAUUGGCUUUGAAGAGAAGCUGGUGCCAGUGGUUUUUUGUACUGUGCUGCAAGGACUGCUUCUGGGAGCUGAGCAGAGAACAUGGGUGAGUGGGAAAACCAUGAUAUGAGAGUGGUGACCUAUGAUGAUGUGCAUGUUGACUUCACUUGGGAAGAGUGGACUUUGCUGGAUCCUUCCCAGAAAAAUCUCUACAAAGAUGUGAUGCUGGAAACCUACAGAAACCUCACUACUGUGGGAUAUGGUUGGGAAGAACAUAAUAUUGAAGAACAUUGUCAAAGUUCUAGAAGACAUGAAAGGUGUGAAAGAAGUCAACCUGGAGAGAAACCUUCCAUAUAUACUCAAUGUGUUAAAGCCUUUGCAUAUGAGAGUCAUCUUCAAAGGCAUGAAAGAACACAUACUGGAGGGAAACUCCAUGAGUGUAAUCAGUGUGGUAAAGCCUUUGGUUGUCGCAAUCAUCUUCAAAUACAUAAAAGAACACAUACUGGAGAGAAACCCUAUGAAUGCACUCAAUGUGGUAAAACCUUUGCACGACACAGUCAACUUCAAAGUCACAAAAUAACACAUACUGGAGAGAAACCCUAUGAAUGCAAUCAAUGUAGUAAAGCCUUUGCAUAUCACAGUCAUUUUCAAAGGCAUAAAAGAACGCAUACUGGAGAGAAACCCUAUGAAUGCACUCAAUGUGGUAAAGCCUUUGCACGACACAGUCAACUUCAAAGACACAAAAGAACACAUGCUGGAGAGAAACCCUAUGAAUGCAAUCAAUGUAGUAAAGCCUUUGCAUAUCACAGUCAUUUUCAAAGGCAUACAAGAACACAUACUGGAGAGAAACCCUAUGUAUGUAAUCAAUGUGGUAAAGCCUUUGCACAACAUAGUUCUCUCAAAAUUCAUAAAAUAAACCAUACUGGAGAGAAACCCUAUGAAUGUAUUGAAUGUAUUGAGUGUGGUAAAGCCUUUGCAUAUUACAGUCUUCUUCAAAGACAUAAAAGAACACAUACUGGAGAGAAACCCUAUGUAUGUAAUCAAUGUGGUAAAGCCUUUACAUUUCAUGGUGAUCUUCAACUGCAUAAAAGAACACAUACUGGAGAGAAACCCUAUGAAUGUAAUCAAUGUGGUAAAGCCUUUGCAAGGCACAAAAGUCUUCAAAUGCAUAAAAGAACACACACUGGAGACAAACCCUAUGAAUGCACUCAAUGUGGUAAAGCCUUUGCACAACACAGUUAUCUCCAAAAACAUAAAAGAACACAUACUGGAGAGAAACCCUAUGAAUGCACUCAAUGUGGUAAAGCCUUUGCAUGGCACGGAAGUCUUCAAAUGCAUAAAAGAACACACAAUAGAGACAAACCCUAUGAAUAUGAAUGCACUCAAUGUGGUAAAGCCUUUGCACAACACAGUUAUCUCCAAAAACAUAAAAGAACACAUUCUGAAGAGAAACCCUAUGAAUGCACUCAGUGUGGUAAAGCCUUUGCCAGGCACAAAAGUCUUCAAAUGCAUAAAAGAACACACACUGGAGACAAACCCUAUGAAUGCACUCAAUGUGGUAAAGCCUUUGCACAACAGUGUAAUCUUCAAAGACAUAAAAGAACACAUACUGGAGAGAAACCUUAUGAAUGCACUCAGUGUGCUAAAGCCUUUGCAGGACACAGUCAUCUUCAAAGGCAUAAAAGAACACAUACAUACUUGAGAGAAGGUCUAUGAAUGUAAUCACUGUGCUAAAGCCUUUGCACGUCACAAUGCUCUUCAAGUGCAUAAAAGAACACUUACUGGAGAGGAAACCUAUGAAUGUAAUCAGUGAA